AUGGGAGGAUCCAAACAAGUCAAGCAAAAGCAAAAGAAGAAGAAAUCCCCACACGACCUUGUGGAACCACCGAAAGAGCCGUACCAUCUGCGAGACGACGGAUUUCGGACGUGUCAAGCAUUCGCCGAUGGCAAUAUUCCUCCCGUGGGACAACCACGGGUACACUUAUCCAGAGAUGUGGCGCCGUUGGAAAUCCCCUAUCAAUGUGCCGGUCCUGCCUAUGACAAAUUUGGUAACGAUUUGCAGGAACUAAUAGAUAUGAAGGCCGCACGGACUACAUCCACCAGCAGUUCUCGCUUGUGGGGUCGUCGCUCGACACCCAUCCCGACGCACGCGGCCAUUGCCGCCAGUGACACGCCACCCACAUUCAUUUUGUUUUGGGGAUCCACGCAGUUGCGACAAAUCGUCGCCGCUCUGUUGUGUCAAUACUCCGAAUGGGUUAUAUCCGUGCGACACAUUUACGCAUCCCGACAACCAUCGACCAAAAGUCAUGCCUGGCAAAUUAUAUUGCAUCCCAACAUUCACAUGUUUGUCGUCAUCAAUCCACCCUUUGUGUACCUCAAUGAUAAGUGGCAAGACUUGUUGGAACGACACAUUCUCAACAUGCCAUUGGCCAUGAUGGAUAUGGUCGUCAUGUCCAAAUUCUUUCGGUAUGCGCCAAAAUAUGGCGUGGCAUUGGAAGAAUUCUGGAUGGAUUUUGAAGAUGAUUGGACGGUGCCCGAUACCGUUAAUGAGGAGCCCAUUGAUUUGGUCGAUUUGUUACUGCCAUCCGACCACACCGAAGGAGGGAUUGCGUAUGAAGGACCCAUUCUCUAUGUGAGCUGGUUUGCACCCUAUGGAACAAAAGAGUAUAAUCGAGUGGUAGAGGUCAUUGAUGCGUUAAAGGAGGGACGACCACUGCCAGCAGAUGCCACGAGAGACAAUCACAAAAUGGCACAAUUGGAACAUGCCUAUCAAAAACCACAAGCCGAACAGCACGAGGGGUUGACGGAAGAAGCGGAAGAACGACUCGCUCACAAAGUGGCGCCACCCCGUACUACUACAAAGAAAACCAGCACCAAAAAGAAGAAAAAGAAAGUAGGACAUGGAGGACAACGACGGUUGGAAGAAGAAGAAGAAGAGCAGACAACAACACUUGCCAAACGCACCAAUCUAAUGGCCAUUGAUGCUCGCAAGUAUGUGGAGGUACUGGGGGAAUGUGCGACUUCCACUAUUGAGAAUGUGGGCACUUGUCUGACAGACACCAAACAUGAGCUGUAUAGCAAAGGACCCAGAUGUUUUGGUGACAAAGGUGGACAUGCGGAUUUAGUAGCAUGGGAUAUCAUUGAAGCAAUCUAUAGUUUGAUAUGGAGGAAGCAUUAA